AUGGCGUCGACCUACAACACUGUGAGGAAGCUGCCUCAACGACUGCCGCCGUGCCGCCACCAUUCGUCGUGCCGUCGUGGAGCACGUGGUCGGACGGUCGCUCAACGGCCUCCCCCUAGAAGGCUUCAACUACGCUCCAUCCUGGGACAGUGCUGCGAGAUGUCGAUCAGCUUCGUUCAGAUCCCAGUAGGCAUGGCUGGUUCUUUGCUCCUCGUCGAGAAGGAGUACACCGUUCCCAUGGCCACCACCGAGGAAUGCCUCGUCGCCAGCACCAACCGUGGCUACAAGGCCAUUCACACUUCCGGUGGCGCCUCCUCCAUAGUCCUUCGCGAUGCCAUGACCAGAGCCCCUGUGGUUCGAUUCUCCUCCACCAAAUGUGCCUCUAAGCUUAAAUUCUACUUAGAAGACCCUCACAAUUUCAAUUCCCUCUCUAUCGCUUUCAACAAGUAA